AUGGGGCUAUGUGCUAGCAAAGAAAAUGUCAGGGUUGAACAAAAACCAGCACAGUUGGAUCAGAGACGAGGAAUUAAACCUGAUGCCAAGAGAAAAGCUACCCAAGUUCCGAAAGUUCCCAACGUUAAGAAGCCAUCAGCAGCGCAUGUAAAGACAAAAGGUCGGUCUCUUGGAGAAGGUCCUAAUACUGGCAAUACAGUCUCCGCCAGAGAAGCAGCAGGAAAAGCUGCAGCACAAAGAUUUCAGGAAAAACAUCAAACAAAUACCAAAGGUGAGCUCGGCAAAAGACUAGCAGAAGAGAGAGGGAAAAGUCACAUGACUCAUCUUAAAGAGAGUGCCAGAGACAAACAGAAUGAAAGAGAUGAGGAACUCGUGUUUGACUGA